UUUCUGUCUGUCAGUCCUUAUUAGACCUACCUCUUGAUCUUCUUCUUCCACUGUUCUUCUUCCAUCUUGGACUACUUGCUUCAGACAAUCUCAGCAUGAGUGCCAAACUGUGGACAGAGGAGCAGUUUAACUGCCCUGUGUGUCUGGAUCUCCCAAAUGAUCCAGUAACCAUCCCCUGUGGGCACAGCUACUGCAUGGGCUGCAUCAAGGACUACUGGAGCAAGAAUGAUCCCAAGGGCUGCUACAGCUGCCCCCAGUGCCGCAAGUCCUUCAGCCCCAAGCCCUUCCUGUCGAGAAACACCAUGCUGGCUGAGGCUGUAGAGCAGCUCCGCAAAGGGGCGCACAAAGCCGAUGUCCGUGAAUCUAUUCGGGUUGCCUCAUCCAAAAGCAAAAGAAAACUCUCCUCCUCUGCGGUGUUAUGUGACUUGUGCAAAGGAGAACAGCGAGCAGCGGUCAAGAGCUGCCUGGUGUGUAUGAGUUCCUUCUGCGAAGUCCACCUGAAGCCCCACAAGACCAAGAAGUCCCUGAGCAAGCACGAGCUGAUAGCACCCACAAGCAAUCUGGCAGAGAAGAUCUGCUCGGAGCACAAAUACCUGCAAGAGUUUUUCUGUCGCCAGUGCAAAGUGUUCGUCUGCUGGCUGUGCACCAGCAACCAGCACAAAGGCCACGAGUGUGUGUCCACCAAGGUCGAGCGUUUGGAGAAACAGAAACUGAUGUCAGAGAUGCAGACAGAGAAUCAGCAGAGACUGAAGGAGAGAGAGCAGGAGCUGAAAGACAUGAAGAAGAUGAUGGAUGUGACGAAGCGUUCUUCAGACAUGGUCCACGACGACACUGAGCAGGUGCUGUCUGAGCUGCAGUGCUCAGUGGAGCGUCUGCAGGAGCUGCUCGAAGACGUUCUGGAUCAGGCCAGCCUGCAGAAGAUGGGCCAGGCUCAGGAGGUCACCGACAGCCUGGAGGCGGAGGUCAAAGAGCUGAGGAAGAGGGACAAGGAGAUGAAGGACCUGGCCGGCUGUGAGGACCACAUCUACUACCUGGAGACAUACGAGUCCUUGUGCAACCCCCUGGAGUCCGGAGACCUUCCCACUGUGGUGGUCAAUCCAGAGGCUUCCUUUGAGCCGGUACGAGAUGCCAUCCUAGACCUCAGGGACAAAAUCGAGGAACUGUGCAACCAGGAGCUGGGCAAGAUCACCAAACAAGUCAACGAUACAACGCUGUUCACUCUCCGAGACCCUAAUCACUCAGGACAUAAAGGGGGGAUUUUUAAAUUGUUUUCUGGUCUUGGUUCUCGAAGCACAAACAGCCGUUCUCCAGCCCCUACUCCCAGUAUCUCAGUGGGAGCCCGUACUGACAGACGAGGACUUGGUAUAGGCCUCAAAAGUCAAGAUGUGCGGAGUAGAGACACUCCACGAGCAGACAGAGGAAACGCGAGUUCACCCAGACCCCGGGACAGGCAGAGGAGAGAGGAAAGAGACACAGUGCGGGAGACCCACCCCACUCCCAGCCCCACUCCCAGCCGCUCUCAAUCUGUUUGGAGCCGGUCCAGUCAGAGCCAGGCUGCAGCACCGGUUCAAAUCCCAACUCCAAUCCAAUCCAUCCCAACUCCUGCUCCUGCUCCUGCUCCUGCUCCUGCUCCUAGUCCGGCAGCUGCAGCAUCAAAUGGCGGGUCAGGUUUCAGUCGGAUGGCGUCGAUCAGCAGCCUCUUCCGCUCCCAUCGGCGUGGCACAACCCCGGCUACCCCAGUCACGCCGGCGAAUAACACAAACCCAUGGGGGAUGGCUGCUGUGUCUGAAACACCUACAGAGAUUAACCCAGGUCUGUUUCUGGACUCUCCGAUCGACACCAUGAUCCAGGCUCCUGCUUUCCCUGGAUUGAGAGAAAUCAACCUGGACAGCAUCCAGGCGCCAGAGCCGAGGACCAGAGAGGAGUUCCUACAGUACUCCAUGACCUUGACCCUUGACACCAACACAGCCCACCGUCGGCUCGCUCUCUCCGAAAGCAACACCAAAGCCACCCUGCAGGGGACGGCGCAGCCCUACCCGAACACUCCCCAGCGCUUUGACGGCUGGACCCAGGUGAUGUGCGAGAGCCCUCUAUAUGCCCAGCGCUGUUACUGGGAGGUGGAGUGGAGAGGUCGAGGCUCCUCCAUGGGCGUAGCGUACGGGGCGAUGAACAGGAAGGGCUUGGAUGCACGCUCGGGGCUCGGGUACAACGCCCAGUCCUGGACCCUGGAGCUGUCGGACACCUGCUGCUCGGCCAUGCACGACAACCAGAAGAAGGACAUCCCGGUCACCUACUCUCCACGCCUGGGGAUCUACCUGGACCUCUCCACGGGGACGCUGGCGUUCUACAGCGUGGCUGAAAGUAUGACGCACCUUCACACGUUCAGGGCUAACUUCACCCAGCCGCUUUACGCCGUGUUCGGGGUGGGCAGCGGGGUCGGGGUGGGCUUGGACUUCGCUCUCGGACAGUUUAGUUCCAGCUCGGACAGCAUCAAGAUCUGUCCCAUGUGAGCAUAUGGGCUGGAUGAAGCUUAAGUUUGAAUUGAAAAGAGUAAAUGUGUAAGAUAUGGUCAACAAUUUAGGUCUAAAAGCCAGAAAUUCAACAAAGAACUGACAUUAUGAUUUGUUGUUUACAUAAUUUUAAAGACGUGCAUGUAUUGAUUUGAAAGAUCUACUGAAAUGCUAACCAGCUAGCCCCACCCUUACUCGUUAUACUACUUACGCUUUGAGGCAAUAGUGAGUCACAAAUGCACGCCCCACAUAAAGAUCAUUAAAGAGUUGUCUUAUAACUUGACAGGCUCAGCCGUUCGGUUGAUUUGUACAUAUUCUUACUCUGUUGUUCGUGAGUAGCAGGCUUUAUAUUUAUAACCAUUGACUGUAAAUGUGUGCUAAUGCCUGAUGCACUUAGUGGAAGAAGAGCAAACCUGUUCACUAAUUCUGCCACCAGGUUUGAUGAGUAAUAAAACAACAACGUGGUGAGUCGGUGGCUUUUGUUUCCAUUGCUUUAUUUAAAAAAAGAGGCAACUGAAAAGUAGCUUACAGAGGAUUAUGAUCUUAUAAAGGGAGGCAUGAAGAAGGGAGAGCUUAUAUCAUAGCUAAAAGACACACAGCUGAACUCCUGCAUUGCUGGAAAAGGGUGAUAUAAUACAUCAAAGGUUCGGGUAAGAAAAGUCUGGAUGUUCUUCUCAUACUUUAUAUAUGUGUAUUGCAUUACUUGAAAAUAAAUCCACUUUUGCCCUCA